UGCAGAUAGAUGGAUGGAUGGAUUCGGAUGGAUGGAUGGAUGCAGAUAGAUGGAUGGAUGGAUGCCGCCGGCGAGGCUCAGCCCGCGGGCAGGGCAGCGAGGCCGGGACUACAUUUCCCAGCAGGCCGGGACUACAUUUCCCAGCAGCCCUCACUGCAUUUCCCAGGGCAGGACUACAUUUCCCAGCGGGCCGCGCUGCGGGCGGCCCGCAGUGCGUGGCGCAGGGGCGGGCGCCCGGCCCGGCCCGGCCCAGCCCAGCCCAGCCGGCAGCCGUGCCCGGAGGCGAGGCGAGCCCUGCCGGCAGCCGGGCCGUGCUCGGAGCCCUUCGCUGUGCCGCCGGUGGCCAUGGGGCGCCUGGCAGGGCUCGGUCCCGUGGUGGCCACCGCGCUGCUCCUGCUGCUGCUGCGCUGCGGCUCCUCCGCCUCCCUGUGGCGGCGCGACCUCGCGGCGGGGCGCAAUGACAGACCCAUCAUCGGGAUAUUGUCACAGGAAUGUCACUUUGAUGAGUACCAGCGAUUUGGAAGAUCUUACAUUGCAGCUUCAUAUGUGAAAUUUGUGGAAUCUGCCGGGGCUCGAGCUGUGCCAAUAAGAUUAAAUCUUACAGAUGAAGAAUAUGAUAAAAUAUUCCACUCUAUUAAUGGGGUACUUCUUCCAGGAGGUGGUGUGGAUCUUAGGACUUCAGAGUAUUCAAGGGUUGCUAAGAUGUUUUACCACAAGGCCUUGGAGGCUAACGAUAAAGGAGAUUAUUUCCCAGUAUGGGGAACAUGUCUUGGACAUGAAGAGCUUACAUAUCUCACAAGUGGUGAAAUUUUACUUGUUCAUACCAACACAAAUGGUUUUUCACUCCCUCUGAACUUUACCUCAGCUGCAAAAGACAGUAAAAUGUUCAGGAAUUUCCCUGAUGAUGUGUUACACGCACUUGCUACUGAGCCAUUGACAUCAAACUUUCAUGUAUGGAGCCUCUCCAUGCAGAAUUUCACCAAUAACGAGAAGCUUCGUAAUUUCUAUAAUGUUCUGACCACUAACACUGAUGGUGAAGUGGAGUUUAUAUCUACCAUGGAAGCAUACAAAUAUCCAAUUUAUGGCAUGCAAUGGCAUCCAGAGAAAAAUCCUUUUGAGUGGAAGGAUUCUCCAGGCAUUCCACACUCGCCAUCUGCUGUAAGAGCAGCGUAUUAUAUGGCUGAUUUCUUCGUUAAUGAAGCCAGGAAGAGCAUGCACCAUUUUUCCAGUGAAGAUGAGGAAGCAAAAGAAUUGAUCUAUAAUUAUGAUCCAGUUUACACAGGACCAUUUUCUGCAUUUCAGCAAACCUAUUUUUUUGACUGAGUAUCUUGUCAAAGGUGCAGUGUUGCUAUUUAUAAAUGGAAUUAUUUGCCAGCCUUGUGUAAUUAAGCUGAUACAGUGACAGAAAGCUAGAACAGUUUUCCUUUACAAUGAUUUAUUCUGUGUAUCUUCUGCACUAUUGAAACAUUAAUGUAUAAAUUUACAUUCAAUAACAUAAUAAUUAUCUUGGAUCAUACUUUAAGGCAAGCUACAGAAAAAUGUAUUUUUCUUCCAGGAAGGAGGACUUGAUUAUGCUUAUAAACUUUGAAGUAAUUGCCUUCAGUGCAAGGAAAAGCUUUCAUAUAUUUUAAAAUAUGAGACUUACCUUUGUAAAAUGUUGUGGACUGUGAUAGCACUAGACACUUGAUACAUUGUGUAGUAAAAUCCUGUCCUUUUCAAACGAUUUAGCAAAUGAGACUCUUGGAUUUGUCAUAGAUAUGUAUAUGCAGCCAAGUUCUUGACAGGGACUCUUUUGUCAUUUCAAAAAUUGACCAAAAUAGUAAGGCAUGAUAACAAACAGACAUUUUUGCCUAAGAAGCACAUUAUAUCCCAUUUGUGGAACUUUCUCUUGUGUCUUGGACUAAGUGGAGUCAGCAGCUAGAUGUGAGAUGCAGACACUCAUUCCUUUGUAUUUAAAAGAAUGUAAACCUAAUUUUUUCUCAAAAGUGUCUGGCUUUUGCUGUAGCUGGAUAGAAUUUUCACUUGAAGUUAAGAGGUUGUUUGCUAUUAUAUUAGUAAACAAGGUUGUUUCUUUCUGUCUUGUUUGAUAGUUCAGUGCAGCUAGAAUUUAAACAGCAGAUGAAUGUAUAUGAGAAACCUGUUGAAGGUGACAUAAUGUGAUAAUAGCAGUUGCAUGCAAUAUACUGAUACAGUUUUUUCUCUGCUUUGCUCCAGAUUUGGUGAAAGUUUUGUUUCGUGGUUUUGUGUAUUGUCCAAAAAGGAACUAAGAUUAGACAAUCAGAUAUAAUUCUCCUCUCUAGCAUAGCUUCCAAGCUCUUGUUUUAACAUUAACAAGGAUUUGUAGUUUAUGAAGAAUUCAGGUUUAUAAACUUCAGCUCUGUUUGGUAGAACCUCAUUUUUCUCAGGUACCAUAUUUGAAUAAGUCUCUGGUAAGUUUCUCAGGUGUUUCAAGUAAAACACUCUCUAACUUGUUCUUUAUCAUGAAGCAACUGCAUAAGAGUAUGUGAAAUGCAUCAGUUAAAAAAAAAAACAAACUAUGAGGAAAUACUAACUGUGACUAGCAGAAAAACACUUCCAGGUAAUUACAAGCUUAAACAUGAGAUAUGUUUACAUUUGUCAUAUCAGCCAACUUAGUCAUGGUUUUCUUUUUAAUAUAGGUAAUUUUAUUAAUUGACUCCUGAAUAGAACCAAGUUUAAAAAGAGGGUUGUGCUCUACAGUUGCAUGUAAAUGUAGCAGCUGUGAUACUUUGAAACCAAGUCCAGUCUUUUUUCAGGCUGUGUCCUUCAGAAUAGCUCUAAGAAUUCGUGUAGAUAAGAUGGGCAGGUUUUAGCCUUAAACCAGAGAUGAAUCUUGCAAGUGAAAUGUGUGGUAGUUCCUAAAUGUGUAACUACAAAGAGUAUUGUGUGUAAUGUAAUGAGAGAAGUUUAUAUAUUAUAAAUUUGUGUCUCCUUUAUACCCUUCAUCUUGUAAAGCCUUAUUUGAUGAUAUGCAUGAUUUUUCUAUGAUACAUGAAAUAAACUUUCAUUCAAGCAGA